AUGAAAAAUCAUCUUGACUUUCCUCCGCCGGAAAGACUAAAGAUUAUGCGAAUGCUGGCAAUGGCAACGCAAAAGGUUGGAUUCACGCUGGUAUGUUAUAUUUGUGGUGGUGCAUCUUCUGCAGAUGUCGUGGACUGGACUGAAGAUGAUGAUGAUGGGAAGGAAGUUGUGACCAGCGUCGUGCUGGGAGAUUUUGACAUCGCUUGUAAAUUAAACCGACUCACGCGACGUGCCUUGGGGAAUCCAAUGUCUAGUUGUAAGUCAAGAAGCGUGCUCAAUGCUGCAGAGAUGCCGGAGAAUUCACCAGAGCAAGAAGUGCGCUUACUCGCCAUUGGACCUGUUCCGGAGACUCUAUACACGCGCAUCCCUGGUGAAUCUUGGAAGACUGCCUUGCGCAGCGCAGCUCAGGCGACGGAUCUGGAAGUUACGGAGAGGCCUGCGCUCAGGCUGCGCGUCUGGGGUCAAGAGAUGACUGAGCCAACGUGCUUGAACAUCCCUUCUGGGAGGAUGCUGCGGAGUCAGCGUAUUGGCAGUGAGUUAAUGACUGGAAGACAUGAUGUGGUCGGCGUGGCGAGUACGUUCCUUCCUGCGGUGAAGGAAAUUCCGAUUAAAUUGGUCGGCGACCCACGCUCUGGAAGGAAUUUCUGUGAGGGUGAUAUGUUGGAUAUUGCAAUCAAGACAUUCACAAUGGACGACGAGAGGAAAUUCUUUGUGACUUUGGCGGGUGGUGCGGUAGCAGCAGCAUUCGUCAACGGGCCAACCUCGCGUGUGCUUAUGCCACAUGGAGGUAUCAUACAGCUUGUGGCAAGAGUCACUCCGUCACUACUGAGGUUUGAGCAAAAGCGUUGCAACGAAGACUUGAAGAGUGUGUGUGGUGCUGCAACUGCCGCACUUCUUCUUCCGACUUUCUCGUAG